AUGGUCAUACUUGAUAGGUUUACCUUGAAUUUGCCCCUAGCAACCUCACAUAAUAUAACAAAAUGGAAAGUCAACGAUUUGUUUGUAUUAAUAGUAUUGGUUAUUUUAAAUGUCUUUGUCUAUAGAAUCGAACCAUUCCAAAGACAAUUUUUAAUUAAUGAUAUAACAUUAAAUCAUCCGUUUAAAGAUCCUCAGCAAGUGUCGGAUUUAGACUUAUUUGUUUACAGUUUGAUAAUACCAAUUGGUAUCAUAUGUUUUAUUGUGCUUCUCUUAGCAAAUACUCAACAUAGAUGGUAUUUACUGUACAUUUCUUUAUUAGGUCAAGGGAUGGCAUUUAUUGCCACUUGUUUAUUUUCCAAUUUUAUUAAAAAUUAUAUCGGUAGAUGUAGACCUGAUUUUAUUGUUCGUUGUCAACCUUCAAUGGAUGCUCUACCUAAUGUCUAUUAUAGGGCAGAUGAUAUUUGUUUGAAUCCCGAUAGAAGUGUUGUCUUGGAAGGUUAUAGAACCACACCUUCAGGUCAUUCUUGUGAAAGUUUUGCAGGUUUGACAUUUUUAUCAUAUUGGAUUGCUGGUCAACUAAUAAUAUGGAAUAACCAACUUGGUAUUUGGAGAAAGAUUAUUUCUUGGUUACCAUUGUUGGGAGCCUCAUUAAUAGCUCUAACUAGAACUCAAGAUUAUAGGCAUCACUUCGUCGACGUUAUCAUAGGUGCCAUCAUGGGUUGGUUUAUUGCUAAACAUGUUUAUAGAUUGUAUUUUCCAAGUAUAAAUUCAAUCAAUUGUUUCAAACCUCUAUUGGAUGAUUCACAAGUAUUAACUCCUCAAGAAGCUUUGAGUCAUGAUAUGGCUCAAGCAGAUGAGUUCCAGUUAGAAAGAAGAUAA